AGUUGACCUGAUUUGGUUGUUAUUUAAAGGAAAGGCAAGAUGUUUUUAAAUCAUAGAGUUGAGAAUUGUGUACAUGUCUCUGCUGUCUGCAAUAUUUCCAGCAAUCAUGUAUCAAUCAAGAAUCAUGUUUCUUCUAUGGCCUCUACUGUUUCUUCAUGUUUCAGCACAUCGGACCCUGUUUGAUUACAAACCAAAGCAGCCAACACAGGAGGGCAGAGUGAGGCUUGUCGGAGAUCUGCCUUCAUCUGGUCGUGUGGAGAUCUAUCAUGAUGGACAGUGGGGUACAGUUUGUGAUGAUGGAUGGGAACUGGCCGAAGCUCAAGUGGUGUGUCGUCAGAUGGGUUUUCCUGGAGCAAUAUCGGCCAAGUCAGGAGGGCGUUAUGGUGAAGGUUCUGGUCCAAUCUGGUUGGAUGACAUGAACUGUAAAGGCUCGGAGAGCGCAUUGUCUGAAUGCAGCUUCAAAGGCUGGGGUGUUACUGACUGCUCACAUAAAGAGGAUGCAGGAGUGGUCUGCGAGACUGGUACAAACAUAACCAGCAAUCGUCAGUUCUCUGUGGAUAACAGUCUGGGUUUGUCUGAUGAUCUUGGUCUUCUGUUUGACAGUGGAGAUGGUUGUGAUUUCAGCAUUAAUGUACGAGACCUCAGUGAAGAGGCAGAGUUGGCGUUUUGUGUGCACCGUUUGAUUCUCUUGAUUUAUCCAGAACUAAACAUAACAAAUGAGUCCAGAAACCUCACAUUGGAUGUCAGCCAGACGUGCCAUCCUCAUGUCCCCACUUUUCUCAGGUAUUUGUACACACGUCAAAUUGAUGUUUCCAUUACAUCAGCUCAAUGUCUCCAUCAGCUGGCAUUUAUCUUUGGAGUGAAGAAGCUUAUGGAGGAUGUUGGCAGGGUCUUCACUUCACUCAUUCCUGAAGACAAUACCUUCCAGACGCAGGUAUCCAUGUACGAGUAUGGUGUCCGCACAGGUGACCUUGUUCUGCAGGAGAAUGUCCUUCAGUAUCUUUCCUGGAACUGUGAGUUCCUCAUAAGCUCUCCAGUGUGGAGCACCAUCUCCUUUCAUAUGAUAGAUGCUCUGCUGCAGCGCUCAGAUCUGGUUGUGAAGGAUGAAGCUUUACUUCUUGAAGGUCUGGAGAGAUGGAUCCAAGACAAAGGUGAUGAAAUUAGUUCAGAACAACAGGCCAGCCUCCUGAAUCACAUCCGCUUCCUCUUGAUCCCAGUGGACAAGCUGUAUGAAAUACAGUUUUCUUCAAGUGUUCUCCAUCAGAAUCAUGAGAAACUGUAUCUAAAUGGUCUGCUCAGAGGCUUUCAGUUCAAUGCUCUUCCUUUCUCUAAGAUCAGGAGUAAAAUGGACAACAUGAGUUAUGAUUAUCUACCCAGAAUCUACACUGCUGAUGAGUGGAGUGUUUUAAUCAAUGGCACAGCCACCAAUUACCCUCGUUACAACUAUGAAUAUGACUACAGGUAUGGCCAAAAUAACAGAAUCCAAACCUUCUCCACUCCUGCACACCCUAGUGCUCUUUACAGUAGGCAAAAGGUGCAGUGGCAAGCACAGGUUUUUCGUAAUGUUCAGGAAUGCUCUAACUAUGGCAUUUCAUGUAAAUCUUUUCCUGUUGCAAGGUUCCUCGCAAAUGGCAAUCAGAACAUUUACACUAACACCAUUCGCUUCUGCAACAGGUUGAUUCUCACCUGUAAGAAUCAAAACAACGUCUUUCAUGUCCAAGACUUUAAAAACAGCAUGGCAGUGAUUCCAAAUAACAGCACUAUGGGUCUACCUAACCCCUGUCCUGAUGACUACAGUUUUAGAUUUGUAGUGCGUCCAGAGUAUAUCUGACUGCACUGAGUUACAUUUGGCUACAGGUAGUUUACAGCCAUUUCAGCUGAAUUGAAUCUAUUAAAUCAAAUGUAGUUAACUGAAUCUAUUAAAUUCAAUCAAGUCUCUUUUUAAAAUUCAUGUUAUUCAUUCUUGAGAUGAUUUCUCUAAAAUGUUUGUUGAUUUUAAACUUCAAAAAUAAAAAUAAAUAACUUGCA